AUGAGUGAGAACUUGAAGGACUGUUUGAUCCAGACUCAAGCUUCCUUAGGUGAGAUGGUGACGAUAAAAACAGAGGCCUGCUCUCCUUGCCGGGACCAGGAGUAUGGACAGCCUUGCUCUGGAAGGCCUGACCCACAGUCCAUAGAGAUGGAGCCCAAGAAACUGAAAGGGAAACGGGAUUUAGUCAUGACCAAGAGCUUUCAGCAAGUGGAUUUCUGGUUCUGCGAGUCCUGCCAGGAGUACUUCGUGGAUGAGUGUCCGAACCAUGGCCCCCCAGUGUUUGUGUCUGACACGCCAGUGCCUGUUGGCAUUCCUGACCGGGCAGCGCUGACCAUCCCUCCUGGAAUGGAGGUGGUUAAAGAGCCCAGUGGGGAGAACGAUGUGCGCUGUAUGAAUGAGGUGAUCCCCAAAGGUCACAUCUUCGGGCCGUACGAAGGGCAGAUCUCUAGCCAGGACAGGUCUGCAGGAUUCUUCUCGUGGCUGAUUGUUGAUAAGAACAACCACUACAAAUCCAUUGAUGGGACAGAUGAAACCAAAGCAAACUGGAUGAGGUACGUCAUCAUCUCCCGGGAGGAGAGGGAGCAGAACCUGAUGGCCUUUCAGCACAGCGAGAGGAUUUACUUCCGUGCCUGCCGUGACAUCCACCCUGGGGAGAGGCUGCGGGUGUGGUACAGCGAGGAUUACAUGAAGCGGUUGCAUAGUAUGUCCCAGGAGACUAUCAACAGAAAUUUCACAAGUGGAGACAAAAAGUUACAGAGUGAAAAGUCAGAAAAGAACAUAGAAAAUCAAGAGGAUGCAAGGGGGCCACUCCACUUCACCUUAAAGCAAGGGAAGAGCCCCUACAAGCGCAGCUGUGACGAGGGGGAAUCCCACCCCCAUACAAAGAAAAAAAAGAUUGACCUCAUCUUCAAAGACGUCCUGGAGGCUUCUUUGGAGUCUGCCAAGUUUGAUGAGAACCAGUUAGCAACAAGUACACCACUUGCCAUCAGAAAAGCAUCUAAAUACCAGGCUGAAGACAUCUUUGAGCAGUGUGGCAGUGCCAUACAGCACAGCUCCCUGAGCCUCAGCAGAAACCAGAGCGAAGGGGAAUGGAAGGUCCCCCACAGUUCCUCUUUCAUCUCAGCCAAGGAUGUGGGCAUCCUUGAAGAUGAGGAAGAAGAGCCCCUGUCACUCAAAGCAGACAGCCCAACCGAGUUGUCACUGGUCUCUGCACAAGGCAACUCCCAUGAAAUCCCCAGCACAUCCUUUUGCCCCAACUGCAUCCGGUUGAAGAGGAAAAUCCGGGAGCUACAGGCUGAGUUAGACAUGCUGAGAUCUGGGAAGUUACCUGAGCCACCCGUGUUACCGCCCCAGGUACCCGAGCUCCAAGAGUUCUCAGACCCCACAGCUUCAGAAAGCAUCAUCUCAGUUCCCACCAUCAUGGAGGACGAUGACCAAGAGGUGGAUUCUGCUGAUGAAUCAGUUUCCAAUGACAUGAUUGCUGCUACAGAUGAGCCUUCCAAGAUGUCUUCUGCGACAGGCCGGAGGAUACGGCGGUUCAAGCAAGAGUGGCUUAAAAAGUUUUGGUUUCUGCGGUACUCCCCAACAUUGAAUGAAAUGUGGUGCCAUGUCUGUAGACAGUACACAGUGCAAUCCUCUCGGACUUCAGCCUUCAUCAUUGGCUCAAAGCAGUUCAAGAUACACACGAUAAAGCUUCACAGCCAGAGCAACCUCCACAAGAAGUGCCUGCAGCUUUACAAGCUCAGGAUGCACCCAGAGAAGACAGAAGAGAUGUGCCGAAAUAUGACCCUGCUCUUCAAUACAGCCUACCACUUGGCCCUAGAGGGCAGGCCCUACUAUGACUUUCGGCCUCUGGCGGAACUACUGAGAAAGUGUGAACUCAAGGUGGUGGAUCAGUACAUGAAUGAAGGAGACUGCCAAAUCUUAAUUCACCAUAUCGCCCGGGCUCUUCGAGAGGACCUGGUUGAACGCAUCCGGCAGUCUCCCUUCCUCAGCAUCAUUCUGGAUGGACAGAGCGAUGAUUUGCUUGCAGACACGGUUGCGGUCUAUGUGCAGUACACGAGCAGCGAUGGGCCUCCGGCAACUGAAUUCCUGUCCCUUCAGGAGCUGGGCUUUUCUACAACAGACAGUUACCUCCAAGCAUUAGACCGGGCUUUUUCCAACCUGGGAAUACGAUUGCAGGAUGAGAAGCCAACUGUUGGCUUGGGAGUUGAUGGUGCUAACAUUACUGCCAGUCUCAGAGCCAACUUGUUCAUGACAAUCAGAAAGACCUUGCCCUGGCUUCUCUGCCUGCCCUUUAUGGUGCAUAGACCCCACUUGGAAAUUCUGGAUGCCAUCAGUGGGAAGGAACUACCGUGUUUGGAGGAGCUGGAAAAUAAUUUGAAGCAGCUGCUCAGUUUCUACCGCUAUUCUCCCCGACUCAUGUGCGAGUUGAGAGUCACUGCUGCCACUCUGUGUGAGGAAACUGAGUUCUUGGGGGACAUUCGAGCAGUGAAGUGGAUCAUCGGGGAGCAGAAUGUGCUUAAUGCUCUAAUCAAGGAUUACCUUGAGGUUGUGGCCCAUCUCAAAGAUGUCAGUGGCCAGACCCAAAGGGCAGAUGCUUCUGCCAUUGCCUUGGCCCUCCUGCAGUUCCUGAUGGACUACCAGUCAAUUAAACUCAUCUACUUCCUGCUGGAUGUGAUUGCUGUGCUUUCACGCCUUGCCUACGUCUUCCAAGGGGAGUACCUUCUUGUGUCGCAGGUGGAUGAUAAAAUAGAGGAGGCCAUCCAGGAGAUCAGCCGGCUAGCAGACUCACCUGGGGAGUACUUGCAGGAGUUUGAGGAAAACUUCCGUGAAAGCUUUAAUGGCAUUGCUGUGAAAAACCUACGGGUGGCUGAAGCCAAAUUCCAGUCGAUCAGAGAAAAGAUCUGCCAAAAGACCCAGGUGAUCCUGGCCCAAAGGUUUGAUUCCCGCAGCCGGACAUUUGUGAAGGCCUGUCAGGUAUUUGACCUUGCAGCUUGGCCCAGAAGCACUGAUGAGCUCAUGAGCUAUGGGAAGGAGGAUAUGGUACAAAUAUUUGAACACCUGGAGACAGUCCCAUCAUUUUCCAGAGAGGUUUGCAGAGAGGGGAUGGACACCCGAGGGAGUCUGCUGAUGGAGUGGCGAGAACUCAAGGUGGAUUAUUAUACCAAAAACGGUUUUAAAGACUUGCUUAGUCACAUUUGUAAAUACAAACAGAGAUUUCCCCUCCUAAAUAAAAUAGUUCAGAUCCUCAAAGUCCUUCCCACCUCUUCGGCCUGCUGUGAGAAGGGGCGCACUGCCCUGCAGAGAGUGCGCAAGAACAACCGCUCUCGGCUCACGCUGGAGCAGCUCAGUGAUCUGUUGACAAUUGCUGUUAACGGGCCACCCAUUGCUAACUUUGAUUGCAAAAGGGCACUAGAUAGUUGGUUUGAGGAGAAGUCCGGUAAUAGUUAUGCGCUGUCAGCAGAAAUGCUGAGCAGGAUGUCAUCUCUUGAUCAGAAGCCGAUGUUGCAGAGCAUGGACCAUGGCUCUGAGUUUUACCCUGAUAUUUAGGAAGGAAUGCCUCAGAUCAGAAAGCAGUUGAAUAAUUUUUUAAUCUAUACUCUAAACUUUGAUAUAUUAUAUAAAAUAUAUAUAUUAUCUAUAUUAAGGAAAAACCCACACUGAAAAUUUAAAAGUUAGACGAUGUGCGUCUGAUAGAAGCUAAGCAGAAUUUUAAAGAUUGAGACAAUGUUUAGACAUUUACUAGUGUCUCCAACCAUGGCAGCUGCAAUGUAGGUGGCAACAUUUCAUUCUUCAGAAGCAUGUGCUGGGGCCAUACUCUACAUGUUCAAACUUAACAAUCUAUAAGCUACACAACGGGUCUUUGUCAGCCUCAUCCUCCCGGUGGUUUCCUUUGUAUGUGUGUUGUCGGUUUGUUGGGGUUUGGGUUUUGUUUUGUUUUGGGGUUGUUUGUUUAUUUGUUUUCCCCUCAGUUUUAAUCUCUGCCUCUCCUUCCAUUGUUCAGUCCAGUUAUUGAGCCAUUUGAGCCUUUUGUUGGCAACCAUCACAUUUCUGAUUUCCGACAGAGCAUCCCGUGUGUUUAUGUUGCCCUAAGCUUCCCAGCUCCACCCAGUUCUCUUCAGUUGAAUGGAAGCUUUUUUCUCUCAAGAGAUUACUGGCAGGAGGGAAGAGCUGAGGGCAUGAUUUUGGGUUUUUAUUCUGACUUAGAAACAAGUGUCUCCAUUAAACUGUGAUGCCCCUUUCUCAGUUCUCCCUACCUUUGGGCUGUAGAGUAAUACUUGGCUUUCAGCUCUGUUUAUGAUAACCAUAAUACCAGUCUAUUAUACAUAUAUUAUAACAUGAUGUCAUGUGCAGACUAUAGAAUAGCAAAAUAGAGAAGGCAGGGGGAAAUUUUUGCAUUUAUAUUUUUAUAUUGUAUGAGAUAAAUAUAUAUAUAUAUAUAUAUACAACUAUUCAUUCAAAACCAGGGCUGCUGUGGAAGCUAGACAGCCAAUGAGUCGAGAGCCAUCUCUGGGCGGAGAUUCAAAGGCUUAAAAAAUUAUAUUCUAAUUUACAUUAUUUAUACUAUGUCUUUAUAAUCCUAGAUUGUUGUGGGUUUUUUGUUUUGUUUUGUUUUGUUUUGUUUGGAAUGACUGAAAGAAAAACCUGCUGCAGUUUGGUGGCAGGAGUUAUCAAUGCAAGAUUAUCUUGGAUUAUAUUCAUGUGAUGAUGUCCUACAAAGGUUCACGUAUUCUCUUGUGACCAAGGUAACAUGUUCCACAGCACAGCAGACUGAUGACAGCAGGAAGAAGGGAUGCUCCGCUUCUUCCUGCGAAAUCUUUCUUCCUUUCUUGAAGGAAUGUGGAGUCCAGCUGAAAUGUGAAUGGGGGACUUGCACCUUCCAUCACAAAGAGAUUGUUCUGUGGGCUUGGGGCUCUUUUUUGUUUUAUUCUUUUAAAGUAAACAAGCUCCAGGCAUCCACACAAUAUCACUUCAGGUUAGAAAAGA